AUGACUAUUAAUGUGUCCCCCAUCAGAGAUACGUUCACAAUGAGUGACUCAUCGUCGGCGUCUGCUAAAGAACAGUUGGAAGUGGCAUUUUUAACCCUAGUAGACAUCAUGAUUGUGGUUGGGCCACAAAUCGGAUAUGUUUUCCAAUUCAUCGAAAUUCAACGAACACGCAGUUCGUCCGGUUAUUCUCCUCUGGUCUCCCUUAUCUUGUUGUGCAGUAACACAAUCCGUAUUUACUAUUACCACGGCUUUCACUAUCGGCUAGCUUUGCUUUUUCAGGCCCUGUUGACUGUUCUCGUGCAUCUAACCCUCCUCCACAAGCUGAUAACUAUCCAAACCGAGGAACGGUGCUCGGUUCACUCACUCUUUCAUCAAGUUGAUCGAGAAGCAGUGGUGAUUGGAGACGUGGACUUAGCUCUCGAGCCUGGGUGUCCGCCCAGGUCCAUAUCCAAGGAGACGUCCCCGGUGACAACUCCGACCGCCACACCGUCUCUCAGACUUCAGAAUGAUGAUCCUGAUUUGCACCAGCCUCAAAGUGGCCCUUGUUUUGCCCUUCUCCAGCUAGCAAACAAGGUGGAGGCUCGGUUUCAGUCCACAGAUUAUUUCAAUUUUUGGAUGACUUACUGCCUGUGCACUGUGUUGGGUCUUGUCGCUGUUUGGCUUCUUUUUAGCUUUACAGAAAAUGAUCCGCGCUCGGUUGCCUUUGUGGGGUAUCUGGCCCUGUGCACGGAGGCGCUUUUGCUUGUUCCGCAGGUUCUUCGAAACGCCAAUCAAGGCUCUACUCAUGGACUUUCUCCGAUUCUCAUCCUUUCUUGGGUUGGUGGAGAUGCGCUAAAACUAAUUUACUUCAUUACCAUGAAACAGCCGAUGCCAUUUUUGGUCUGCACUAUUUUCCAACUUUCGAUAGACUUUGUGUUGCUUGGUCAAAUGGUCUAUUUCAACCGACGAAGACGUUUAGAUGGUGAUGCCGUUCGACCUACAGCCGGCAACAAUCUACCCACACCACACAAUCUUUUAUGA